GUUACAACUUUACUUUGUGGUUUUGACAUCUAAUAUGGCGGACGAAGUUACAGCCCUAGUAACAAAAAUUUUAAAAAAUUCAAAAAUAUCUGUUAAUGUUGAGGAUGUCCUUCCUGACAUUAUUGUUGUGUCAUACGCCUUUGAAAAUAAAUUAUUUGAAGGAGUUUUGUUGGAUUCUACAAAAAAGCAUCUCCCGUGUGGCAUCUACCCACCAAAACAGGGUGAAGAUGAGAAGUUCUUCAGCUUGAGCCAGAGGUACACGUAUCACCAGGAGAAGUCCGGCGCUCCGACGGCGCCUUUCCACAUACGAAGGAACAUCCGCCAGAAGGCGCGCCACAAAAACUCGCGACCGACGGUUCGCCUCCGUCCGCGACAAGUGCUGUGCUCCAAGUGCCGCAGCAUCUGCAACGAGAACUCUGAGAAUGUGGACCACUCGAAGCAGGGGGCACAGGCAACGACCGAGGACGGGCCCAAGAGGAAGCUGAGGUCCCCAGCUCAGAGCCCUCGGUCUCUUUUCUCGGAGAACCACAGCGACAACCAGAACCAACCGGUGCUCAAGUUACCAAGACUGCAACCCGCCGAGAUAUCGAAUGCUCUGAGUGGGAACACGAAUAAAAUGAAGUUCAUGGGUAAUUAUUGGGUCAGGCGUUCUCCGAGUAAAGAAGCCAAGAGUUUAGAAACUGUAGAAAGUCACGAGUUGUUUUCAGUGUCGGUGGACUCGGGGUCUGAAUCGGACUCGCAAGAAGCCAAAAAGUGGCCCGCGGGGGGUAGCUUAAAAAAUAGAAUGGUUUUGCGAAAGAAGCGUAGUGUUGGUUCGAUGGAAGACUUGUGGGACGAACGGGUGUUUGAAGAAAAAAAGAAAAAGGCGUGCAACGGUCGGACUCCGGUAAUCAAAAUAUCGUUCGGUUCUGCGGGGGAGGGAACGGUUCUGAAGAUCCCGUCGAAAGCUCACGAUUACAUUCCGAGCGACAGCGAGGUGGAGGAGACGGCGGAACACAGGCAGAAAACGAAGAACGCGAGUGCGAAAGCGGCGAAAAGAGCGUUGAAGAAAGCCAAGAAGGAGGCCAGGAAGAAGAUGCUGGGUGCCUCACCGGUGCGGUCUCUCAGCGGAACGUCGCCGAACUACGAGGUGCUGUACCACCGCAAGCACAAGCACAAGAAGAAGCACAAAGAGGUGCGCAGGCACAGCAAGUGCUGCAGUGCGGGCGAGCGCUACAGUGCCAUCAAGGAGCGCUGCCUGAAGCAGAAGCUGUCCAUCAACCUGAAGCGCCUGAACGCCAACGCCUACUGCCUGGGCCCGAACGGCUCCAAGAGCCCCGGCAGCUGCUGCAGCAACUCUGACACCUCGGACGACCACGGGGAGGCGGUGCCCGACUUCCCGCCCCCCUCCCGCCCCCUCAUGAUGCGCGUGUCCGCGCAGGCGGUCGGCUCCUGCCUGACGGGCGACGGCCGCCGCAUCGCCGUGGGUGACGUCGUGUGGGGGAAGAUACACGGCUUCCCCUGGUGGCCUGGCAAGGUGUUGAGCGUGAGCGUCUCGCACGCGGACGACGGCUCCCCGCUCGAGCCCCAGGCUCACGUCGCCUGGUACGGUUCGUCCACCUCCUCGCUCAUGCCGUGCGACCAGCUCAGUCCGUUCCUGGAGACCUUCAAGACAAGGUACAAUAAGAAGAAGCGCGGUCCGUACAAAGAAGCCAUCAGGCAAGCGACGAGCGAGGCGGGCAUUCCUCUCCAGGAAGUCAACGUGCUGUCCUAGCUCCCCACCGUGCAACUGCCAAGCUGUGUUCGCGUACUCGGUUCCUUCCCCGUGAUGUGGUUGGCAGCGACGUGUGUCUCCUUACUGCUCGGAAGCAUGUCCAGGAGACACGUCUCGUUCUCUUCUACUUCUUGGCCUUCGAAUAAGCUCAUCACAUGAACAUCACUCACCGCACCAACAGCACCAAACUACCGCACAGAGAAUAUUUUAUUUAUUUUGUAAUAGUGAAUCUCAAAAUUGUUGCUUUCAGUGUGUCUUGGGAAGAAGAAAGAUAAUUCCUCUUGCAUUCUUAGUGCACUUGAUAAGCAGCUGUUGUAGCAUUAAGUGUGCUAAAAUGUGUGGAUAUUGAAAGGGUGAAUUCAGACUGCAGUGACACUAUUCUGUGGUUCAUUUUUCCACCAGUGUUCGGUCGGGUGUGUAGGUAUCUUCAUUUUUCCAAAUAAUGUGCAUUUUGUGAAAGAUAUUCUUCAUAUUAUUUUUACUUUUUUAUAUUGGUUUUGAGUGCUGUUCAGUGUCGAUAUAAUGUGAAAAUUUAAGCAUUAGGAGGCAUGUAGCAAAUGGGAACAGUUUUCUUCCUUAGCGGCAAGGGAGCGUAAUCAGUACUAGUCAGCAGCUGUGUUAGUGUAAUUUUAAGCAUUGCAGUAAUAAUAUUUUGAAUGAGAGCAAAUGGUUUCUGUUAAAGACCUACUGAGUUUCUAAUGUUACUACUGAAAUUCACUUGUUCGGUGCCUUGAUAUGAAAAUUGUUCAGCAGUUUGAUUCCACAAACUGUGCAUUAACAGUCUGAAUAUAUUGUACGGUUCAAUAAAAUCAAAUUGUGCAAAAGCUUAGUGAAAUACGACUUCAAAAAAGUAUUUUUUUUUUUUUUUGCGAUUUUAUUUACUUGGUUAUUUAGCAGAUUGAGAUUGAUGUAAAAGUUUGCUAAAAUAGAUUUAACAUAAUUAUAUUUUUAACAUAAUUUUUAAUGUGAAUGCUGUUGGCUAAUGUUUACUUUUGGUUACAAAUAACCUUCUUUUUCAUGAAAUGUUAUCAGUGUACUUAAGUAAAAUUUAAUUAUUUAUUUACUUUUGCUUAUUAUAAAGCCAACUCUAAGAGUUUGUAAACUGUUUGUUUCUUUUUUUUCCCCAGUAGUGUUUAUCUGUGAAAGCAAAUUGUUUUAUGCAGUUAAAUUGUGUAGUUCUGUGUUAAUAUUUUGGUGUCAUUUUACUACAACAAUAUUAUUGGAAACUUGUUCACUUACAUGGGCUUCCAUAUUAUCAGUAAAAUAUUGUUUUUCUUAAGUGGGCUUAUAUCAUAUGAACCUUGGAAGAUAAUUGGCAACAUUUUAUGGCAAAAUAUGUAUUGCUGUACGUAUAAAUUUUCCUUAGCAGUAGUGUUUCAUUCACAUAAUUCCUGGGAUCCAUUACUGGUCAUUUUUGUUAUUGUAAUUAUUAAAUGUUUUCAGUAAAACCUAUUGUUAUAUCUUAAUGGAGUUAGAAGCACAAAUGUUGUAGUAGGAACGAAGGCUGUAAAGACACUAAAAAAAAGUGAGCAAAUCUUUCAUUUCUCGUCAGUGAUGUGUAAACUUCUAACCUCAGUAACAAGCAAAUUUGUGUUUUCUCAUGUUGUUCAUGUCGCAAAUAAACUUAAAAUACAAAACUCGGACACAAAUAUUAACGUAGAAUUUUUUAAAAUAAUGCGGACCGUGAUAGAUAAUUAAUAUUUGAUUUUCAAGUAUAAUUUCUGGAUGCGAAACACACACACACACACACACACUCACUCUUUCUGUGCCUGCCACUAGAAUUUGCUUGUCACCAUCAAACACAGAUAGCAUUUGGCAGCACGAAACAACCAGACAUGUUGAACUAUUAGAAAUGGCUCUGAUAAAAACCCCGUUUAAACCUGAUUUUAGAUGAGGAAUUUUAUUAAAAUACAUACUUGCCAUCAUGUUAAAAUUCCCUAAAUAGUUAAUACUAUAAAGUUUCUGCACACAUUAUUAGUUAUAUUUCUACGGUGUUCUUAACAUUUUAACCUGAAACAUUUUAAAACACAUAUUAUAACACUUAAGUAUAUGUUUAUAUGUAUAUAUUUUUUAGCUUAAAAUGACUGAAAUGUCUGUAAAUACUACCUACAAACAAACCUUAACCUUAUUGAGCUGAUUCAGCAUUAUUAUUAUACAAUAUUGUAUUAAAAUGUUAUUAAAAUAAAAGAUUUGAACCAUGUCACUUGAAGUUAACAAUAGUGCACUCUAUCACUGUGCUACUAAGCUUGUUGGGAAAUUAGUAGGAAUAUAUGUUAUUACAUUGUAAUGCCAGUUUUUUUAAGUUUGCUAAAAAUUGGGAUUACUUUAUAUUAUGACUAUUUUAGUUUACCAAAUAUAUUCCAGGGUAGUUUCACUAUCAUAAAGUUUCAUUUGGCACACCAAUACGUUUAGUAUGUACCUUAAUGUUUACAAAGGUGACUAUAUACGGGUUUAUGUUGCUACACGUGGGUCCCAGCUUUGCGUCACAUUUCUGUUCAUCAACUUAUGUUCCAUUUUCAUGAAAUUAAUCCUACCAAAUGCUGUAUACCGAGAGCUAUGAUAUUUACACAUUGAUAAAAAGCUCACGUGCGUUUCAGAUGUUCGGAUCAUUUUGUAAUCAACUCCUUGCAGUAAUUUGUGUCAACAAAUGCACAAAAUUAAACUUACUUUAGCCGGUCUCUUUUUUUUUUUCCUUUCAAACUGAUAAAUACUUUAAAAAACAGUCUUGACUUUGAUACAAUGUUUUGAAACACGUUGUUCAAAAGUGUUCAGGAUAGUUGGAAUGCCAAUUGAGUUCUAUACUUGGCCGAGCAUUCUGAAUGUUGGUGGUGUCGGAGGUCUCCUAGAUGGAGGUGUGUGUGUGUGUAUGUGAUUGGCUGGUGUGGUUCGUGACUUGGUAGUGACGUUCUCGUGCGACAAAAGUGAACCUCUUCAGCUCGUGAAACAAAGUUAAACAAACAUCUACACUUUUCAAUGGCAAAACUGCCAUAGAAUUAAAAAAAAAAAAGUGCUUUAUUCUUUGCGUAACUAGCGACAUAGUGAAGAUUUUGGGACAUUAUAAAAAUAAGCAGAAUUAUAAUGGACUGCAGAAAUGAAAUUUUUCAUGUUAAAAUAUACUGCUACUGGCAACCUCAUGGCAUGUUUGACCAAUAUCACAGGUCUGCACUGCUGUGUGUUACCGUCUUUUAGUUACCUCUGUUGACGAGAUCUGAACUCUUUUUAAACAAAAUAAAUAAGUUAACCAAAUAAGCUUGAAAGAGAGAAGCAAAAGCUAUUUUAUUCUUGAUAGUUUUUUGCUUAUUAAAUUUGUUACGAUUACUUAUGUCCUGGAUUUCUUAUUGCUAUUGCUUGUCAGGGAGUUGUAUUCUACAGCAUUUUCCUGUUUGUGGACUAUAUCCUAACUUUUGACUGGUUGCCAGUAAACAAGCUAAACAACGCAACUCGCGCGCCAAGUCCUCAUUGGACCUUGCUGGUGAGGUUAUGACCACGCCCACAGUCACCGAGCCCCUUCCCUCAAGCGCACGUACGCCCAUCUGUCUGGGUGUGGAUCACAUCUGCAGAUGUCAGUUUACUGGAGAGCACAUAAAUGUUUCAUGUCUACAGACUUUAAUUUUCCUUAAACCAUAUUGGUUUGGUUAAAAUUAUGUUUGAAGACUAAAAAGAGUUUGAAGUUAGUUUUUCUUCUUAACGUUUGCUAAUUAUAAUAAAGUAAAAGAGUAUUUAACGCAUGUCUUCUGGAGUCUAGAGGAUUUACUAUAGCAAUGCAGUUCACUUUAAAAAAAAAAAGUGGUAAAACUUAAAAUAUGUCUGUGCCAUAAAACAUGCUGGAAUGAUGUUCCAGUGUAUUCCAGUUUGUUCCAUCAUACACAGAUGGCAUGAUUAUGAAAUAGGUGAAUCUUUAGAGCAUAUAGAGUUUCAUUAAAUUUUUUUAAGGUACAUUUAAAACAUGAUACUCGAGGGACAUUCUUUGAACUUCAUGUUAAGCUGUAGACGUGAUUCUUUUACCAACAGUUUAGAAAUUCAAUUCAUAAUGUGUUUUAAAACAUAUAUACAUAUACUUUUUAAUAAUAAUAAUAAUAAUAAUUUUUGGAAUUUUUUACUCUCUACCAAUAAUUAUCUACAAUGUAAAUUUAUAUGUAAUUACAAAAGUUAUUUUGUAAUUUUUUUUGUGUAUAUGCCUUAGCAACAAUUUCUAAAACAAUCUGCAGUAUUUUCAUAUCUUCAGCAAUAUAUUAGUAGAGUCCUGUGGUAAGUUUCUGGUUCUAAUAUUUUACUGUUAAAUUAAUAUUUUUGCAAAUUAUGAAAUACUAUUUAAAAAGUUGUUCAUUGUUUAAUGUGUUUUGUUCAGUUCAAGACUUCAGAAAUGUUGUAACUAGGUUUUUCUGUAUUGAAACUGGCUCCAUUAAACUUCAAUAUUCAAUUUGCUGAUGUAUAAUACUAUGCAUCAUUGACUAAUACACUUAUAUAUGUUUCACUUAAUAUUAAUGUGAAAUGUUAUGCAACCACCAAAAUGUAUACAUUCCAGUUUCAGCUGAAUUUACGAAGACCAAAGUCAUUCCACGAAUGUUUAUGCAAAGCACAAGUUCAUUGAGCACAGUGUAACUUUCAUGUUUUAUAGAAUGGUAUAAAACUUGAUGUUAGUAUGUUGUGAAUCUGUUAACGUUUUUCAUUUUCUAUUUGUAUGCCGUGGUGAUUGCUGUGUUGAGAUAAUGUUUCAAGUGCCUGACAAAGCAGCGUGGAAGUCAAGUUGGGGAGUGGACUUGUGUAAUUACUGUCAAAUGUUCUCACCAAUCCUCAAAUAUUGUUUACAAUAAAACUAUAAUAAUUUAAGUUACGACCACAAGCCAGCUGGAGCAGUGUAAUGUUCAGGAAGGAAUGCGUUGCAAACUCGUAUUUUAUUGAACAAAAAAUAAAAAUUUAUUUUCCAGUUCUU